AUGAAGGAUGCGGAUCUCCAGGCGGAGGAGCGGCGGAGGAGGCGCCUGCUACGGCAGAUGAAGGGCCGGAGGCUGGGGCGAUUGGUCCUCAAGGGCGACCCUGCCGCAGCUGCUCCGCCAACACCAACCAAGAAGUCCAUGUUCAGGGCCACCGCGGCACCGGUGGUGGAGAACGGCACGCACGAGCACGACGUGGUAUAUGUGGAUGUCUUAGACCUAGGCCUCAAGGAACGUCCGGAAGAGGAUCGGAGUGAGUCCAGCGCGCUGCACUGCGCGAUGUGCUUCGCCGUGGCGGGCGGGAGCUACUUUUAUCGUGGCUUCAGCUGUCCCACCUGCGAAAAGGCGGGACAACGCUACCUCCUGUGCUACAAAUGUGCUGAGCCUCUCUUUGACGAUGACGAGGAGUUAGAGGCCGUCGAGUACAACCCCAGAGAUCGCUUUGACUUUGAGGCCUAUAACUCCUACUUGGGUGACAGCGACUCCAACAGUGUCUUGCCCUACCGCAGCGUCGAGGUGGUCUUCAACAAUGCAAACAUUUGGAUGAAUCGACAAGACUCGGAUCCCCGUUACAUCUUCUGGGACUUGCAGAACAAAGACUAUUGGCAUCCUUUCGUCAGCAAGGUCAGUGGUCUUCGACCUUGCUUCAGCAGCUGUCGCUUUCCUAUGGCAGGCCGUGAUGAGGGCUGGUGCCUGCAGCAGCGCCGGGAGUUGCUCCAAGAGCUGCGCAAGGUCAUUCAAAUGCACCGGGCGCACAAGAACUUGGGCACUCGAUGGGUUACAAGCCCUCAGCUGUUGCGCUUCCUCGAGGCGGGGCUCAAGAUCCGUUCGCAACUGGAUAUGGAGGGGCACAUCCUGGAGGAGGAAGAGUCCCCCCGGGAAGAGAUGGGCCACAAGAACGAGCUCCUGGAACAGCUGGACGAGUGGGAGAAGACGCUGAAUGCCAAGACGCCCAGGGAGUAUAAACUCAGCAGUAUGCCCAUGCACUUCAACUAUUUAGAUGCCGACGAGAUUGCUGAAAAAGUGAUGGAGCUUUGCCCCUUCUUGAUGACCCGCGAUAAGAGCGCUCAGUUUGCAGUGGCUUGCCACCUUGUGCCUUUGCCCGGGGAGGCAGCUGUUUUGGGACGCGUCGCGUCCUCGCAAGCUGGCGCCAUGAUGGGCGGCAUGGGCGGACCCAUGGGGAAAGGCAUGCCAAUGGGAGGGACAGGUGGCAUGCCUAUGGAGCAGAUGUACAUGGGCGGCGGCAUGGGCAUGAGCGGCGGCAUGGGCAUGGGCGGUGGCAUGGGAGGCAUGGGAAUGGGCACGGGCAAAGGCAUGGGCAAGGGCCCAAUGGGCAAAGGCCCCAUGGGGAAAGGGAUGAUGGGUAAAGGAGACAUGAUGGGCGGCAACUGGGGAGGUCACCUGAAAGCUGAGCAAGGGCUUUUCCCAAGUAUGGGCGACUGGAGCGGCAAGGGCUGGGGCGGCGACAAGGGCAAGGCCAAAGGCAAGGGCAAGAUGUCGAUCUCCGCGCGCAUCGCUGCCGGUGAGCCCUACUUUGUUGGACAGUUGAGGAAGUACGACCAGGAUCGUUCCGCUGGCUCGAUCGCCUGCAAAGAGGUGUACCAGAUGUGUGGCCAGGAAGUUUAUGCUCAUAAGUCAGUGCUGGAAGACCGAAGUAUGGGCGUCGGCGACAGCAUCGUCUUUUUGAUCCACUGGAACUCCAGAGGGCAGCCGCAGUGCUCUUUGGAGUCCCUGAGACUUCACAACAAGGCCCCCGGGAGCUUCGCCUUGAAAGGCACCGUGAAGAUCACUGAUGCCGAGAAGGGCUACGUCUUCGUGGAGUGCCCGGAGGUUUAUGAGUUCUUUGGCCGAGACGUCUAUGUUCCCAAGGACAAGGCGCCCGGCUUGGCUGUGGGGCAGAUGGUGGCCUUCAAUGUGAAGCUCAAUAAGCAGAUGCAUCCCAAUGUGGAGGAUCUCCAGCCUUGCGAUGACUCCUUGCAACUCGUGGCUGGCGACCUUUCGCAAUCCUUUGAAGAUCCCACAAUCCAACCUCCCUGGAACGUGAGCUACCAUAAUAAGAGACCCACGCUCUCCAGUACUGGCGAAAUCCACAACGCCACCAUCAAGAACUUCAACACUGAGAACGGCUGGGGCUUCGUCACCAGCGAGCAGCUCUUAGCGAAGUACGGCUGCGAUGUCUUCGUGCACAAAAGUGCGCUCGACUGCGUGCCCAGCAGAGACGCCGGAACGCCCAUCACAUUUGAGCUGGGCAUGACCGAGCAGGGCAAGCCUCAGGUGAUGCACGCAGUGCCACUGGGGCAAGACAUCUCCAUGGCGGUGGAAGCCGCAGCGAAGCGGCAAAGAAUCAUGGAGAAUCCGCAGCAAGGGAUGCUGGGUCGCAUGAUGUCACGAAUCAACACCAAGUCCUACAGCAUCAUUGAGUCACAUCGUCCAGUUCGAGCGCCACGCUUUAUCGGCCACGUGGAUCGUGUGGUCUCCAUCUACCUCUACUGCUGUGAGCUUCAUGCCUUGUCCCAGUUGCAACUCCGCGAGGAGAAGGAACGGCAGCAAGCACCCAAGGACGAUCGAGGCUUGACGGUCGCCCAGCUGGUGCGGAAUUUCGGGAAAGGCUUUCAGAAAGAGGAGGCCGCGACGGCGCCCGGGCAGUCCUUAGCCACCAUGAUCAUUGAGGCGGCCAAGAAAGCCAAGAACCUCGACGCCGCCGUGGUGGAGGCAGUCGACCCUCCCAAGGUGAAGAAGAACGCGCCACCCGCAGGUGAAGCUAGGGGUGACUCUGGAGCAGGGAGAGCGAAGAUGGCAGAGUCUAUGACCGGAUUCGAGGCGAACUAUCACAGCCGCUUUGUGCGCAUCGAGAAGGAGGCCUUGGAGGCCAGCUACGUGGCCACCAAGGAGGAGGAUGACUACGCCCUCCACGGCGGCCUCCUUGGAAACGGGCCCCUGCCGGCAGUGGCUGCAGGUAAGUACUUCGAACUGGAAGUGCUGCGGACCCGCGAAGGGCAUCCGGAUGGUCUGUGCGUUGGAGUCACACAGACACGGCCUCAGGACUUGACCACCCCGCCGGACACGAUGGAUGCGAUACCACAGACCUGGAUCGCUGGCUAUGAUGGCCUCUUUUGGGAUCCCACGGAGGCAGAUAUGUUCCCUGCGCCUUGGAACCCUUCGACGCUGCAGAAUGGUGAUCAGGUGGGCGUUCUCAUCCGCCCAGAUGGAGCUUUCGUAGUGCUGGUGAACGGUGAGGUGGUGCUCGAACGAGAACAUGCGCAAGUGCCAUAUGGCCCUGCCAUCGCUUGCUUCUUGCCAGCGAAGGCCAGCGACCUCUUUGCUGUGGUGGAUCUGCUGGGCAGUUGCGAUGCGGUGAAGCUUCGCUUGGACGCGAGGCCAAGCCUCGCAGAGCCGAUGAACGCCGCUGAGAAUGUCCCACAAGAAGAGAAAGAAGUGAAGAUGUCUGGCUUUUGUCUCAAGAAGAAAGGCCACUACGUCCGGCUAUCAGAGGACGCCCUAAGUGCCACCUACACGGGACAGACGGGGCAUGAGAUGCACGGAGGGCUGAUUGGGAACGAGCCGCUGGCGCGAAAUGCCACUUCGGGCGUUUACUUCUCAGUGGAGCUCACGAAGACACGCUCGGAGAUGAUGGACGGCUUGACACUGGGGGUGACCACCAACGGCCCGAAGGACUUGGAUGAAAUGACUGACACCAUCGACGGGGUGCAGGCGUGCUGGACAGUGGGCUAUGACGGGCAGAUGUACAACGGGAAGGACGAUCGAUGGGUGGACUUGUCGUGGAAUGGUCGAGACUUGCAUGUCGGUGACGUGGUGACCCUGCAGGUCACCGAGGCAGGGCAAAUGAAGAUCUUUGUGAACCAUCGCUUCGUGGCAGAUGGUCACAGUAGAAUUCCUUGUGCCAAGCCGCUGUAUGCCUUGGUGGAUCUCAUUGGUACGGCCGAUGGGGUGCGCUUACUGCUGGAUGCUCCACCGCCACCAGCCUGUUCGGUACCUUCGAGUGCAGCGCAGACAGCGACAGCGCCGGAGACAGCGACAGAGGAGGUGGACCUGAAACCCUUCAUGGAGGGAUGGUGCCGCAUGAGGCAUGGGAGGCUGGUGGAGGUCUCGGAAGAUGGACUGACAGGACGAUACCUUACUGGAAG